GGACCGUACGCAGCUCCCAUCCACUUCCGCUUCAAUGGCGAGGAGAUUGACCAGGAGUCGUGGCGUCUCUUUGGUGGUGUUUCUGUGUCCAGGACUUGUCCGGAACCAAGGCAUCAAUUCAGGAGAAAGAGGAGCUUCUCUGCCAGGAGCCCAAUUGAGAAACCUGAUUAGAACGCUGCAUAGUUUCUGACAUCUGAUAGAUGCAAAAAAAGAAAAGAAACCCAGCUGAUGUAACAUCUGAGGUCAAGAUAAUCGUAAUAACUGCGAUUGCCCGCAAAUGGCUUCGGGCCUUACAGUCCUUGGACUAGUGCAGGAGGCGCCAUUCAGUUGAGGUCGGGUACUGAGUUCCAAACAGGAGUCAACUGAUGGCAUGGGCUGACAAUGAAGGAUGCCUCCCAGAAGGAAGGUGGCCACAGAGGGCACUGUCCCUGUCAGGCCUGAGACUCUGCCACUUAGGCCUGGUGUCGUGGUGAGUCCUACUCACUUCCUCCCAGAGCGUCUCGUGGAGGGAAGGAACCUCAUCCUGGUCAACGGGAGCAGCCACAGCUCAGCAGAAGGACGAUUUCCAGAUUGCACCAGAAGCCAAGGGGAUCUUCCUGACCCAGAGACUGAGUCUGCAUCUCUUGCAGCUGCUGUAUCACAGGCGGACACUUUACUGGCACAAAGCCUUGAAGGCUACCUCAGGAAAUGACAGGAAAAAGGAAGAGAAACAGAUGACAGGGACAGUCAGAUCGUUUCUCUGUGCAGUGUCAGAUGACCUCAAUCAGAAUACCACAAAACCAUCUUGGGUGGCUUUUUCCUUUAGAAUUGUACUCAUAUCUCAGAUAUGGCAUCAAUUCAGGAGAAAGAGGAGCUUCUCUGCCAGGAGCCCAAUUGAGGAACCUGAGUGCACCAAUCUCCUGUCCUUUGACCCAGACUCCUGCCUGUAGUUCCUGUCCACGGCGAUCAUGCCCCGUAGGCAGAAGAGUAAGGUUCGUGGUCAUGAGAAACAUCACCAGGCCCGGGCUGAGACCCAGGGUCUUCAUGAUCAAGCCACCACCUCUAGGGGAGAAGAGACCACCUCCUCCUCCCCUCCUGAUUUAGAGAGUGCUCCCUCAAGCUCCUCAGCUGCUGGCACCCCGAAGGAGCCUCAGGGAGCCCAAGGCACCACCAGUGCUGCUGCAGGUGCUAUACCCAAAAGAUUUGGUGUCGGUGCUGCAGCACGCUCAAGAGCUGAUGUCUGUGGUGCAGCAGGCUCAAGAGCUGGUGUCGGUGCCGCAGCACGCUCAAGAGCUGAUGUCUGUGGUGCAGCACGCUCAAGAGCUGAUGUCUGUGGUGCAGCACGCUCAAGAGCUGAUGUCGGUGCUGCAGCAUGCUCAAGAGCUGAUGUCUGUGGUGCAGCACGCUCAAGAGCUGAUGUCUGUGGUGCAGCACGCUCAAGAGCUGAUGUCUGUGGUGCAGCACGCUCAAGAGCUGAUGUCGGUGCUGCAGCAUGCUCAAGAGCUGAUGUCUGUGGUGCAGCACGCUCAAGAGCUGAUGUCGGUGCUGCAGCAUGCUCAAGAGCUGAUGUCUGUGGUGCAGCACGCUCAAGAGCUGAUGUCGGUGCUGCAGCACGCUCAAGAGCUGAUGUCUGUGGUGCAGCACGCUCAAGAGCUGGUGUUGGUGCUGCAGCACGCUCAAGAGCUAAUGUCUGUGGUGCAGCACGCUCAAGAGCUGAUUUCUGUGGUGCAGCAUGUUCAAGAGCUGAUGUCGGUGCUGCAGCACGCUCAAUAGCUGAUGUCUGUGGUGCAGCACGCUCAAGAGCUGGUGUUGGUGCUGCAGCAUGCUCAAGAGCUGAUGUCUGUGGUGCAGCACGCUCAAGAGCUGAAGUCGUUGCAGCACGCUCAAGAGCUGAUGUCGGUGCUGCAGCACGCUCAAGAGCUGAUGUCUGUGGUGCAGCACGCUCAAGAGCUGGUGUCGGUGCUGCAGCAUGCUCAAGAGCUCGUGUCGGUGCCGAGGGCCAAGGUCAGGGAGGUGAAAAUUCCUCCCAGGCCUCAGCUGCUGCUGAGAGCUCUCACACAGAUCCUCUGACCAAGAACGUCGAGGUGUUGCUACAGAAGAUGCUGUAUAAGUAUAAGGAGAGGGAGCUCAUUAAGAGGUCAGAAAUGCUGAAGGCAAUCAAUAAGAGGUACAGGGGGCAAUUCCCUGAGAUCCUCAGGAGAGCCUCUGAGCACAUAGAGAUGGUGUUUGGCCUGGUCCUGAAGGAAGUCAGGCCCAACGGUCACUCCUAUAUCCUGGUGAGCAACCUAGAUCUCAGCGACAGUGAGUCUAUGAGAGGUGACCGGGGGCUGCCGAAGAAUGGUCUUCUGAUGCCUCUUCUGGGUGUCAUCUACUUGAAUGGCCACCGCCUCUCUGAGGAGAAGAUCUGGAAGAUCCUGAAUUUUCUGGGCAUCUAUGAUGGAAGAAGGCACUUCAUCUUUGGAGAUACCAGGAAGUUCCUCACAGAAGAUCUGGUGCGGGAAGAGUACGUGGAGUACCGCCAGGUGCCAGGCAGCGAUCCCCCUCGCUAUGAGUUCCUGUGGGGUCGGAAAGCACUCAUGGAAUCCAACAAGAUGAAAGUCCUGGAGUUUUUGGCCAAGGUCAAUGAUACGGUCCCUGCUACCUUCCUGGAGCAUUUUGAGGAGUCUUCCGAAGAGGAAGUAGAGAGCACCAGCGCCAGAGCUGUAGCCAGUGUUGGCACUUCUGCCUCGGGCUGGGCUGGCACGUCUGUCUGGGAUACUGCAGGCAUUUCUGUCUCGGUCUGGGAUGGCCCUUCUGCUGCAGCCCAGGCUGAGCAUCCUGCCUCAGCCAUGCCUGGCAUUUCUGCUGCAGCCAGUGCUGGCCCUUCUGUCUCGGCCAGUGCCCACGCUAGGGCCGCAUGCAGCCGGUCAUCUCGCCCCUAGUGUGGUCUGAAGGCUGUUCUUCACUUUGUGGUUCGAAAAGCCUGUCAUCAUCCUGUGGUCCUGUUGACUUCCCCCUCCCACCCAGUUUUCAGUUCUUUCUUUUUUCAACUGAAAAAGUUGAUUUAGGUUGUAUUUAGGUUGAUGAUACAAGUAUUUGAAUAACAUGGGUCACACACACUUUGCUGUUUAUCAAAUUCAUGAGUAGGAAUUUUGUUUUUGGAAAUGCAUAUUGGAAAUCCUCAAAUCACUUUUGUGAUCCCGGAUGAGAAUAACAUCACUUUAGGAUAAGAAUAGCCUUAGAAAUGUGAAAGACACCACACUAAUAGAAGCUCAGAACAUAGAUAUAUAGAGAGCUGAAAGUUCUUCAAUUUUUGGUUUGCUUUACUCUCUGUUAUAGUCUCCUAUUUUGUAAAUGUAUAAGAUAUAUCCUUGGAUCUGCUUAUGGUUUUCAAGAAUGUUUGAGAAUAUAAAUUAUA